CUUAUUCCUUUCCAGGUUUUUGUCUAAUUUGUAAAGAUCACAGAAAAAAGAGAGGAAAAUAAGGGACAAAAAUAUCGAACUGCUUUCUUAUAAGGUAGUUUGAUAUUUAUUUUCCUGAAGUUUUCUUCCUUGUUUCUGUGAUGAUGAACUCCAUUAUAACAAAGGUCUCAAAGGAACCUCCAAGGAGAAUAGAACACAAGCCAAACUUUUAAUUCCUAAUUGACUCCAUUGUUAAUCACAUUCAAAGAAGAUAUAUUAUGGCACGACCUAGAGACAAGAAAAACUUCGCAGAUAUAGGAGUUAUUGGAGGUAAUUACGUACCAAUAUUUCCGCCCACCGGUAGAUGGAAUGCAGUUGAAGAAGCUAAAGAUCAUAUCGGUAAAGAAAAUAGCCAGCAGCUUGCUCGCCAACUUCCUGCCAUUAAUGGAGAACCAUUCCAGGGUGAUGGAGAUUUCAUACCAAAAGCUCCACCUAGCGAGGGAACUGGACAUGAAGAAACUCAGAAUUUGAUUCCUUUAGAAAGGGGGAAGCAGCCAGAUUUCCCACAACCUGCCAUGGCAGGUGAUAGUGAUUACAAAACAAAACAUUCGUCUGAUGGUGGGAAUGGACAUGAAGAAACUCAAUAUGGAGCUGCAGAUGCUAUUGCUCAUACAAGUUCGAUGGGUUCGACUGACAGAGGUGUUGCGCUUGCACAAAUUAACUUAGAGAAGAGAGUGGCUUUAUCCAAGGCAUGGGAACAAAGCGAAAAGAAAAAGACAGAGAACAGGGCAAGUAAAAAGCUGUCGACUCUCGAGUCAUGGGCGCACAGUAAGAAAGCAGCUGCGGAGGCGGAAAUUACAAAGAUUCAGGAAAAAUAUGCGGCGGAAUUAAAGAACAAAAUAGCUGAAAUCGAGAGGGCAAAAGAAGAGAAGAGGGCUCUGGUUGAAGCCUCACAAAAAGAAGAAUUUAUCAAGCUAGAGCAGAUGGCUGAGAGAUUCCGUGCAACUGGCCAUAAACCCAAGAAGCUGCUUCGAAGCUUCAGUUGCUUGAAUUUUUGUGACAAAUAUUGAAAGAAAGAAAAAAGAAAAAAUACUGCCCAUUUUUCCUUCUACCCUUUUCUUGUGUGGUUUGAUUUCUUAACAAAGCUGUGCUCCUAUCUAAAGCCAGGCGCAGUUGGAUCUGUGGUCAUGUAUUGAGUUGGGAGUCAAGGUUUAUAGAAGCAUUCAGGUUUAUAAUUCAGUUCAUGGCACUGGGGUAUGACCAUGCUCCCUUUA